CGGAAGAGCAGGCAUCGUCGUCUUAUUUUCCGUCAUUUCUCCUUCCCUUCUCUACGCUCGCUAUUUCCUGGCUUUGCCUUCAUCAUGAAGCUCACAUUCUGGUCUGCGCUCGUUUUCCUGCUGUCCACGGCCGAUUUCUCUGCCGCGGCCUCGUCAUCCAAGGACAAGAAACCGCUGAAGCCUUGCACAGCGCGCUCACCUACAACCGACCGCUUCUUCGACCUGAACCCCCUCCAUCGAACCGGCGCCGAAAAGGGAAAGAAGUCGAAGGAGGAAGAGGAAGGCAGCUGGCAUGCAAAGGGCUACGACUAUGGCGCAAACUUCACUAUCAAUUUCUGCGGCGCGGUGGUGGAAGAGCUGGACAACGUUAAGGAGCUGGACAAGGACAUGUGGAAGAACGUGAGCGCAUUCUACAAAAAGGGAGACCGGCAGUAUGCUAUUGGUCUUGAAAACUCGGAGCCUGUCUUCCGGGGACGCAAGCUCGUCCUCAACUACACUGGCGGCUCCCUCUGCCCCUCAACGAAAUCUAGACGCCACAUCCAAGGCCCCGCCUCUCUUCCUCCCCGCGAGAUAGUCGACGACGACCCAAAUGACGAUGAUAAGCAUAAGGAACACAAGGGUGACAAGCGCCGAAAGAGCACCGUCAUCUCACUUCUCUGCGAAUCUGACCCCUUGGCUAAAACCUCCGUGUCCUUUGUCGCGGCGGUCGAAGACUGUGUAUACUUCUUUGAAGGACGCUCCCCCUACGCCUGCGGGAAGGUGGAAGCCGAAUCGCAGGCCCUGGGCCCCGGAGGAGUCUUCGGUGUGAUUGUGCUGAUCGCCAUCCUGGUCUAUCUAGUUGGUGGUUGCGUAUACCAGCGGACGGUCAUGCAUCAGCGCGGUUGGAGGCAGCUGCCCAACUACCAGAUGUGGGCUAGCAUCGGGAGGUUCAUCGUGGACAUGUUCAUCAUUCUAACCUCAUCCUGCGCUCGAUUCCUCCCUUCACGUCGAGGCUAUAGCCGCGUCUCGCUUGGCGCAGAUAACGGCCGCCGAGGCCGAAGGAACGACGACGAGAACCGGCUGAUAGACAACCUCGACGAGGAGUGGGACGACUAGAAUUUCCUCUCCUGCUUCUCCUUAGUUCGAAUGCUCUUGCAUAUUAUAUAAUCAUACGACGGCGUUUAUGGAAGUGGCUGGGGGUCGGAAUUGACAUCUAGGCCAAUCGUGACGGAAUACCUGGGACUCUGUAGUUAGCUAGCCAAGGCGUUCAAGGUUAGAUUAGGGUGCCAUAUGUUGGCAUGUUCGGUGCGGACGCGCCGUUAUGGAAUUCAACGCAAUCGAAGCUCAACCAAAGCAGGCUCCCUACCGCAUAACAUUAU